UGGAAGGAUAAAGUGUGCACGCACAGCGACGACCUCGACCAAGCGUACCUACGAAAGUUGCUGGAUAAGGAGCAACCGUACGCCAUGGUCCUCAUGGCUACGUUCCUCGAUGGUCGACCUGAGAAGCCACUCGUCCCCUCUGGCGAGGGUGCGAUAGCGGAGGCAAACCUGUUCAACCAAGCGCUGCUGAAUGGGUUCCUGCCCACCCUACCGGACACUCUCUCGAAGAUGGGCCCAUGUGAAGUAUGGGGGCUUCUAGAGCAGGCUUAUGGUCUGGGAGAUGCGGCGGGGCUCAUCAAGCUGAUGAAGCAGUUGGGCCGUGUGUUGGCCUCCAACUGGAAGGAUGUUGGGUCUCUGUUUGCUCGACUGAAGAAGCUAAGGAAC